GUGAGUUAUUCUGGUCAUUGUUUGUUGUGAGUUUGUUUGCCAACUCAUAUCUGUUUUAGGAUCUGCUUCUUACAGGUGCCACUAAGCAGCUUUGUCACUGCAUUAGACACCAGCAGCCUCCUCUCCCAUGCAGUGUUAAUGAUUUACAUUUACAACUGAGGGAUUGUAAUAGCCAGUGAUGCACUAACCAAAGGUCUCUCUAUUAAAUAUUGUCAUCAUACUUGAAGAACAACACUUGUUGGAAUUGGAUUGUCGUGUCCAGCACGACAGACAUGGGGAAGAUGGGGAAAGCUUUACUUUUCCUUUUCGCCUUCAUUCCUUCAUCUUACUGUAACUCCUUGCCUGUCAUUAAUAUGCCGUUGCAGGAAGUGAUGGAAGAUAUCGAAAUAGGCAAUUUUGCAUUUCAAAUCAACGCGUACGAUGUCGAUGGUGAUCCUUUAACAUAUAACAUCCAGGGACAAAAUGCAUAUUUUUUUGAUGUCAACAAACAGACUGGUGAAGUCACAAUCCGUACCAAGCUGGAUAGAGAGACAAAAGACCUCUUUUACAUAGAUGUUGUUGUGAAUGAUGGUGUUUAUCCAGAUGUGACAAAACCGGUUUAUAUUGCUGUCUUAGAUGCUAAUGACAACAUACCGAUAUUUCAAAAUCUUCCAUACAACAGAGAUAUUCCAGAGAAUACACCUGUGGGCAGUACAAUAUUUACAGCAACCGCCACAGAUAAAGAUUCAAACCUAGCUGCUAUUGUGUCCUACAAAAUUGAUGAAGUUGUACCAAAUGACGGAUUUCAACUGUUUGAAAUCUCUGAGACCAAUGGAAAUGUUGUACUUAAGGGACCUUUAAACUUUACUGAGAAAAGCCCUUUCUAUCAGAUACGCGUCAGUGCAACUGAUGGUGGUGGGCCGUUGAAUGGUGUAGAAGUGUUUCAGUCAUCCACAACAAUUGCAUUAAUCGCAGUUAAAGAUGUGCCAGACAUUGACCCACAGUUUCUGAAUUUACCAAACUAUGUCACAAUUGAUGAGAAUUCACCCGUGGGUACGCUUGUCUUUAGUGUGAGAGCCAGAGAUCCAGAUACAGGAAUCAACGACCCAAUCCGCUACAGCAUCGAAAGUACUAAUGCACAAGACCUUUUCCAAAUCAAAGAGAGUGAUGGUACAAUAACUGUUAAGACUGAGUUUGAUCGAGAGGCUUUGCUGGAUAUUUCUGCUGUUGUAGACUUGAGUAUAAAGGCAAGUGAAACAAACCCUAAUGUGAAUGGAGUCAUUGCCAGCACAGUACAAACACUACAGAUUUCUAUUACAGAUGUGAAUGACAACGGGCCAAAUUUUUAUGAGUGUGUAGGUGAUAGCUGCACACAGAAAAACAGUUUCACGGGUGAAGUUGAUGAACAUUCAUCUGUAGGUGUGGCUGUAUCUCGUCUGAAUAUUAGAGUCAAAGAUCCAGACCAGGGUGAACGCAGUAGGUUCGAGCUCAAGCUUGAUGGUCCAGAUAAGGAUGCAUUCUCUGUGACUCCCAGCUCUGGUCUGGCAGACAGUAUUGUACAAGUGAUGAUAAAAAAUUCAGCCGCCGUUGAUUUUGAGACCAAAAAAAUAAUGACUGUGCAGAUUAUUGCUAAAGAUGCCAAUGCAGACUUCACCUCUACAGCCUCCGUCACUAUUAACAUCAACGAUGUAAACGAAAACUACCCUGAAUUUGAGAAGGAAUUUUACGAUUUCUCUAUUGAUGAACACUGUAAAGACGGUACUAUAAUAGCUACCAUUACAGCAACAGAUGCAGAUGCCUUGGAUGAUGGCAAAAUAACUUACAAACUGGUACCAAGCAGCAUGCUGAAGUACUUUGACGUUUUUCUAAAUAAUGGAACUAUCUAUGUAAAAAAUGGAAAGCUUCUUGAUCGGGAAACCACCAGUACCUACACACCAACCCUACAGGCCAUUGAUUCAGAAGGCAAGACCGGUACCACUGUUGUGGAAAUCAACCUUCGAGACAUUAAUGAUCAGACACCAGUAAUGAACAGAGAAAAAUAUGAAACUUUUGUACAAGAAAACGACCCUUUCAGGAUUGAAAUUCAGGCUCGAGAUGGAGAUGAACCAGAAACACCGAACAGCCAAAUCCAAUAUAAAAUUAAAGAAGGAUCUUUCAGUAGCAACUUUACCAUCGACCUGGACAGUGGUGUGAUUCUGAACAAAGGUUUAUUGGACCGCGAGGCCAUCGACCCUAAGCUGAAUGGUGUGAUUGAGUUGACAGUGAUCGCUUCAGACAUGGGCGUGCCAUCCCUGUCCUCAUCAGCCACGGUUAUCAUCAACAUUGCGGAUGUCAAUGACAAUUCUCCAAAAUAUCUGAAUGAUGAUUACAUCUUUCAUGUAAGAGAAAAUGAAGGAGGUAUAUCAGUUGGCUCGGUCUCGGCUCUCGAUGCCGACCAAACAGAAAUAUAUAACCGUAUCACCUUUAGCAUUGAAAAUACUUUCAAAAGUUUCAUUAUAAUUUCCGAGCCCUUCGGUGAAGGUUACCAGGGCAAUAUAAAAGUGGAUCCUCUCUUUGUGCUGGACUAUGAAAGUGACUUCAAGACCUACACUCUUACUAUUGAUGCAUCAGACUUGGGUCAAAAUAAAGCUGUGACCAAAGUGCAAGUGGUGGUGGAGGAUGUGAACGAUGAACCGCCUGUGUUUCCAGCUGACCUGACGCUGCGUGUUAAAGAGAACACAACCGUGACAGCACCUUUGGGCGCAAUUGUAGGCACAGAUGUGGACACCAAGCACUUUCUCGAAUAUGCACUUGUUUCAGCUGAAUGUCAAUGCGGUGGCACCAGAAAGCCGUGUCCAGAUGAAUGGUUCAAAGUUGAGACUAAUGGAGAUGUGGUAGUAAAUUCUGCUUCCCAAUCAGCGAUCGACUAUGAGAAAUGUAAUCAGGCGUUCUUGACAGCCAAGGUUAUAGAUAUUAAAACUGAAAAAGGGCAGGACAGCACUGAAGGGAUUGUGACUAUUAUUAUUGAGGAUAUCAAUGACAAUGCCCCAGAGUUCUUCACAGUGCAGGAUUUCUAUGUUGUAUUACUUGAAAGAGUUGAUAAAGACUCAGGGGUCGCCAAAGUUUAUGCCGAAGACAGAGACACAGGAGAGAACAAAAAAACAGAGUUUAAAGUUCAUAAGGUUGAUUUUAUUAGUGCUGAAGGGAUUGUCCCUCAAGAUUUGAUUUUUUACGUUGACACUGAAGCUCAGCAAGAUUCUGAAGGAAAGUUCUCUGCAGAUAUACGCUCAAAGAAAAAGAUGGACUCUGCUCAGAAAGGCAAGUUCAUGGUGGAAGUUCAGGCCUGUAACCCUGAUGGUCUCUGUUCCACUUCUGUGCUUGAUCUUCUCACUGUUGACUCAUCCUACAAAGUGAGUCUCAGAUUUAAGUCACCCGUGUCUGUAGUGAAUGAGAAUUUGCCACGUAUCAGAGAGAUUCUGACAUCUGCUACAAAAGCAUCAGUUCACAUCUUUAAUGUACAGUUGGAAGAAACUCAACGUGCUGCUGAAGACGUGACUGUUCUGGAAGCGUAUUUUGUGUUCCCCAACGGUUCAGCUCUUGACUACGCUGAAGUGAACCAAAUUUUGAAUUCAGAGGAGGUUUAUAUGGAGUAUGGAAUGAUUUUGGUUCAGUUAGGAUUCACCGGCAUUUCAACAACCACUGAUGGUGGGAAAAAGAUGAAGACUGAAGUCUUCAUCCUGAUUGGAUUGGUGGCAGCUCUGGGAAUCAUUGCGAUCGUGACAACCACCUCUCUAGUGUGCAUCAGAAGAAACUACAAGAGGAAACUCAAAGCUUCCAAAGCAAUGAACUCUGCAGCAACAGUGGUGAUAGAGAAUCAGAAGUCCGGACCUGUGGUGCCUGGAACCAACAAAUACACCAGCGAUGGAGCAAACCCAGUGCUGAAUAUGAAUUUUAACACAGUCGCAGACCUUGGCUUUGAUGAGGACGGAUCCAGUAUAGAUAAAGAGAGCCUUAAUUCCCUGGACUACAACAUUGAUAUGGGCACAGAGAAUGAUUCAAUGCCAAUGAUGAUGAUUGAGGAAGAAGAGGAGGAGGAUGAUAGAUCUCCCUCACUAUACAUUGAGCCUCUGGGUGCUGCAUUGGCCCAGCGUGAGAAAAAGAGAGAAAACGAGAGUCCCAAUUUUGCUUUUGAUAAUCCCGCUAUGAGCACCACUGACCUCUAACAUAACAUCCAACCUCUGUCCGCUCCCUAUCUUAUCUUUUAUCUUUUUAAUACCCAGACCUGCCAUAAAAGAAGAGAGUUUUCGUGCUCAGCCUAAGCUUUUAACAAUGGUUGCUCCCACCCCUUUAAUGUAUCAAUCUUGCACAUCAAAUUAAUGACUUUUGUGAAAAGUUUUGAUACAACUUUCAUGUUUUUUUCUUUAUUUAUAUUUGUCUUUUUCUUUAUUUUUUUCUUUAAACUCUUAAUUUUUUAAUGAUAGAAAUAUAACUUUUGGGGGUUCAAUAAGUGAUACUGAAUCCUUUAUCGAAAUUCCAGCAGGCAUAUGACCGACCUUCAACGUUGAAAUAUGGUUGAAAUUAGGGCUGCACGAUUUGGGUAAUUUUUCCCAUUGCGGUUAUUGGUGCUAAAAUUGCGAUGUGCGAUUGCGAUUAUACUAAAUGGUAUCAUGAGUCAACUUGAUGGGUUUUAAAGAAAAUCCACACACAGUUUAGCUAAAAUUUGUAUUUGUAAAACUAGAAAUGUUUUCGUAUUGCCACGUGAUGUAGCAACUGCUCAGUGUCAGUAAUCCUAAAUCCAAAAUACCGCCAUACAACAGACAUAGAGUUUUUUUUUAGUUACCAGAUCACUGUCAACCUCCUCUGCAUCCAUCUUCGCUCUGGUAUAAGUGACGAAGCACACCACACACGUGCAUGCCACACGUGCACUGCCUUUUUUGUUCAUUUUUCUUUCUUUUUUUUAAACAGCAAGGAAAAUCAUCAAACUGUUAUCAGAAAGUUUGUGUUAACAAGUCCACACAUUUAUUUAUUUAAUAUAAUUGCAACAUUUUGCUGUCAUAUAAUUGCACAGGCUGACAUCGCGAUUGCGAUUGCGAUGCGAUUAAUUGUGCAGCACUAGUUGAAAUAAUGUCAGUUCUUGAUUUUUUACAUUGAAACAUUGUGGAUACAACAGUUAAUGCUAAACGGUUGCAAAAGGUUAAUAAAAUGCUUAAAAAUCAAAAGUUGAAAUUUGGUUGAAAUAAUGUCAGUUGUUUGUUCAACGUUGAUUCAACCUUGUCCUUGACGUUGUUUCAAUGGUUAAUCAACAUUAAAUUGCCAGCUGGGAUGUUUGCUAUAGAGAAAAAUGGAACUCGCUUUUCACUUUUUUAAAUUUCUUAUAAUAUUUUAUGUAUGUGAACAAAGUGAAUGAAUGUUAAAAUGAAACAUACAACUAGGAUUCAAGAAAUCAAAUUAACAGAAUGACUACCUGUGAACCCUGCCAAAUGUUACCUGGCACUUGCCUGCUAAAGUCUGAGUGAAAGCAAGCAAAUUUAAAUCUCAGAUCCUACUAAGUCGGUUUGGUGACCAGGGUGUACAUAGCCGAAACUGUUUAUAUACAAUAUAUUGUUGAUAAUGUGGUGUUGAUAUGUGCUGAAUACAAUCAUUUGCAAAAACAUUCUUCUAAUUUUGCUACAUUCUUGAAAUAAAGUUGACUGUUUUGGCAACAUUA